AACAAGCAGAAGAUACUCAAAGUAAUGAUGGAUCAAUCAUCACUAUUACUAUGACCGAAUUAAAAGAAGAAAGAAGAAGAAUUCAAUCAAAAAAAAUGACGGAUUCAGACCGGAAAACUGUAACCCUGACCUACCAAUCACCUUCAGAAUCACAUCAAGAUGAAAAUUUUGAAAAUUCGAGAAUAAUAAAACGAAAAAUGAUGAUACCAGCCGAUGGCAAUCAUCAGCCAGAAACUGAAGAUGAUAAUAAAUGGGAUACAACCAGUAUCCCAUGGAUGAUAAUAACGGAUGACAGUGAUAGCAACGGUAACAACAACGAAACAGGAACACCCUACAAAAAGCAACAUGAACAGACAAUUA